GUGCGUGUGUAUGUGUGUGGAAAGGGAAGCUUGAGUGGAGACACUCUGUUUUCUUUCCCUGUUUUUAACAACUGGAUUUUGACUUUGAAACCAGCUUCGCUCGCUCACUGCUUGGGCUGGGAGGGGAGCGAUCUUUCCCCAUCACUCACAUCUUUGUUCAUUGUUCACUGAGUGCAAGGCAGGCGACUUAGAGCAAAAAGGAGGGAGAGAGAGAAAGGCAGAAGAGGGGAAGAAAGAAGAGAGAAAGAAGAGGGACGGGCGGGGGGGGCACACCCAUGUCCUCUCCCAGGUCGUGUUGGUGGGUGAAAUAGUAAACCCAUGUAUGGAGGGUCACCAGGGAAGUGGACAUUACCGCUUUAAUUAACUUCGAGAUGCUCCGGCGGCGGGACUUGGCGUAGCCGUGACGCGCCCCCAUAAAUCUGCCGGGCCAGGCUGCUCCAAGAACUCAUACAGUAGCAGCGUCAGAUCCAACGCGCGCCUCCCCGGCCGGAGUCCAUUUGCAUAAUUGGAUUUUUUUUUUUUUUUUUUGGCCUCCUUCUUCCCUGAAACUUGUUUGAAAACCCAAAUGAAAACUGCGACGACCUGCACACUCAAAAGCAAGUGCCAAUUCCUGAACACCACGGCUUUAAGAACACCCUUCAUCCAGGACGGAACUCUCUGACUUUAAGACUUGCCUGCCAAGUUUGGAAGACGCUGUCAUCACCUUUGAGCCUGUGCCCUGGAUGCUGUUUGGCCUGCCAUGGGAAUAGGCCGGAAGUGUGGGGGAACUGAUGCCUCCAGAGAAGUCUCCAUCCGUGAUGAGGGAGCGAGGACAUCCUUCUGGCCAUCUUUUAGCGCCUGCAUCCGGUGCAUCUUUUCUGGGGAUAUAUUCUUACUAGACUGACAGUCCUUAAGUCAAGCAUGCAGUGAGGGUGUUAAGGUAUGGAAGAAGCGAGUCUGUGCCUUGGAGUGUCCUCAACGGCCCCGGAAGCUGAGCCUCACUUGAGUGGCCCAGUCCUCAAUGGCCAGUAUGCCAUGAGCCAGAAGUUGCACCAGAUCACUUCCCAGCUCAGCCAUGCCUUUCCUGAGCUUCAUCCGCGGCCCAACCCAGAGGAGAAGCCACCUGCAGCCCUUGAGGAAAAGGCCCACGUACCCAUGAGCGGACAGCCCAUGGGCAGCCAAAUGGCAUUGCUGGCCAAUCAGCUGGGCCGUGAUGUGGACAACAGCCUCAAUGGGCGUGUGGACCUGCAGCAGUUCCUCAAUGGGCAGAACUUAGGCAUCAUGUCUCAGAUGAGUGACAUUGAGGAUGAUGCCAGAAAGAACCGGAAGUAUCCAUGUCCUCUGUGUGGCAAGCGUUUCCGGUUCAACAGCAUCCUCUCCCUGCACAUGCGCACUCACACUGGUGAGAAGCCAUUCAAGUGCCCCUACUGCGACCACCGUGCAGCCCAAAAAGGAAAUCUCAAGAUUCACCUCAGGACCCACAAGCUGGGCAACCUGGGGAAAGGGCGCGGGCGGGUGCGUGAGGAGAACCGACUGCUGCAUGAGUUAGAGGAGAGGGCCAUUCUGCGGGACAAGCAGAUGAAGGGCAGUCUGAUGCAACCAAGGUCUGAUCUCAAGCCCUUGGCACAUGCCCAACAGGCUCCAUUGGCCACCUGCAAUUUAGCCUUGCCCCCCAACCACAGUGUGCCCGAUGUAGCCCACCCGGCACCUUCUCCCAAGCCGGCCAGUCUGCAGGAGGAUUCGGUGACCCCGGCUGCUGGCUUCAGAUGCACCUUUUGCAAAGGCAAGUUUAAGAAGCGCGAGGAGCUGGACCGCCACAUCCGUAUUUUGCAUAAGCCGUACAAGUGCACAUUGUGUGACUUUGCGGCCUCACAGGAAGAGGAGCUCAUCAGCCACGUGGAGAAGGCACACAUCACUGCAGAGUCGGCCCAGGGCCAGGGUCCCAAUGGCAGCGGAGAGCAGUCGGCCAACGAGUUCCGCUGUGAGGUAUGCGGCCAGGUGUUCAGCCAGGCCUGGUUCCUGAAGGGCCACAUGCGCAAGCACAAAGACUCCUUUGAGCACUGCUGCCAGAUCUGUGGUCGGCGCUUCAAAGAACCUUGGUUCCUGAAGAAUCACAUGAAGGUCCACCUCAACAAACUGUCGGUGAAGAACAAGUCCCCCACCGAGCCUGAGGUGUCAGUGCCCAUGGGUGGCCUGUCCCAGGAGGCCCAUGCCAACCUGUACUCAAGGUACCUUUCCUGCCUGCAGAGUGGCUUUAUGGCCCAGGACAAAGCCAGCCUGAGCGAGCCCACCCAGCUCUAUGGCAAAGGGGAGCUCCCUGCCAAGGAGAAAGAGGUUCUGGGAAAGCUACUGUCCCCCAUUUCCAGUAUGGCUCACAGUGUCCCGGAGGGAGACAAGCACUCCCUCCUGGGCUGCCUCAACCUUGUGCCACCACUAAAAUCCAGCUGUAUCGAACGGUUGCAGGCAGCUGCCAAAGCUGCAGAAAUGGACCCAGUGAACAGCUAUCAGGCCUGGCAGCUCAUGGCCAGGGGCAUGGCCAUGGAACAUGGCUUCUUAUCUAAAGAGCAUCAGCUCACGCGCAACCACGAAGACACUUUGGCAAACGCUGGAGUUCUGUUUGAUAAGGAGAAGCGGGAGUACGUGUUAGUGGGAGCAGAUGGCUCCAAGCAGAAAAUGCCUGCUGAUUUGGUUCACAGCACUAAAGUGGGCAAUCAGAGAGACCUGCCAAAUAAGCUCGACCCUCUAGAAGGCAGUCGGGAAUUUUUGUCACAUGGGCUCAACCAGACGCUCGAAUACAACCUGCAGGGUCCUGGGAACUUGAAGGAGAAGCCCACUGAGUGCCCGGACUGCGGACGGGUGUUCCGCACCUACCACCAGGUGGUCGUGCAUUCUCGUGUUCACAAGCGGGACCGCAAGAAUGAUGAGGAUGUUCUGCACGUGGGCGUGGGCCUGGAGGAGCGGCGUGGCUCAGGCAGCGACCAAGAGUCCCAGUCGGUGAGCCGCUCCACCACACCCGGCUCCUCUAAUGUGACUGAGGAGAGUGGGGCUGGAGGUGGCCUGUCGCAGACCGGGAGCGCCCAGGAGGACAGUCCACACCCCUCUUCACCCUCUUCCUCAGACAUCGGCGAGGAGGCCGGGAGAGCCGCCGGGGGCGUCCAGCAGCAGGCGCUGCUUCGAGACAGGAACCUGGGCUCGGCCAUGAAGGACUGCCCAUACUGUGGGAAGACUUUCCGGACUUCCCAUCACCUUAAGGUCCACCUGAGGAUACACACAGGUGAGAAACCCUAUAAGUGUCCUCACUGUGACUAUGCUGGCACUCAGUCAGCAUCCCUGAAGUAUCACCUGGAACGACACCACCGGGAGCGGCAGAAUGGAGCCGGGCCACUGUCAGGACAGCCCCAGAACCAAGAGCACAAAGAUGAGACCUCCAGCAAAGCGCCUUUGUUUAUCAGGCCAGACAUCCUGCGAGGGGCUUUGAAGGGUCUCCCUGGAAUCGACUUCCGAGGUGGUCCUGCCUCUCAGCAGUGGACAUCAGGCAUGCUCUCCUCUGGAGAUCACCCAGGGCAGGCCACUGGCAUGUCCUCAGAGCUGUCUUCAGAUACCCUAAAAGGCUCCGACCUUCCUUCCAAAAGCUCCCACUUCUCAGAGAUCGGAAGGGCUUAUCAAAGCAUUGUGAACAAUGGGGUGAAUUUCCAAGGGUCCCUGCAGGCAUUCAUGGACAGCUUUGUCCUCAGCUCUUUGAAGAAGAAGGACGCAAAAGACAAAGUCCCAUCUGAUGCCCAUUCCAUGAAAGUCCAUGCUGCGGACAGUGGAGAGGAGAGGACCAGCGGGAAGCCCUCCCAGAGAAAGUCUGAGAAAUCACAGUAUGAGCCUCUGGACUUGUCUGUGCGGCCUGACGCUCCCACUCUUCCUGGCUCCUCCGUGACCAUGCAAGACAGCAUUGCGUGGCAUGGCUGCUUGUUCUGUGCUUUUACCACAUCGUCCAUGGAGCUUAUGGCCCUUCACCUCCAGGCCAAUCACCUAGGCAAAGCAAAACGCAAAGAUCACCCCACAGGGGUGACAGUCAACUGCAAAGAUCAGGUGCGGGAGGCCAGCAAGGUCCCUGUCCUGCCCUCCAUACAAUCAAACAAAGAGAUGGCCCUUUCUAGCACGGUCGGCGCGCUAGACUCUGCUCCUGAGAAGAUGGCCCAAGGACCGGCCAAAGAGACUCUAGGGGACCAGAAGAGUGGUCAGUGGCCCAGCCACAUGGACCCUACCUUUUGUACCUUUCCAUCUGACUUCUACAAACAGUUUGGCGUUUACCCUACAAUGAUUGGCUCAGGGGCCCCUGGCUCCUGCUCCAACAAGAAUCCUGAUGGGAAAAGCCACCUGGAAGAUGAAGCCCCUCUCCUGAUCCCGGAAACCACAAAUAAAAACACUACUGAUGACCUCUCAGAUAUUGCUUCCUCCGAGGACAUGGACUCCUCCAAGGGAGAAAACAAUGAGGAUGAGGAGAUUGACACCGAACCAGAAAUGAUGAGCAAGCCACUGUCUGCUCUCAGCAAGGAUGGCAGCAGUGAGGGCGGUGACAGCCUGCUGCCCCCAGGCGCUUCCCAGCCCAUCCAGGGACUGGUCUCACCUUUAGCCCAAGCAUCAGAGGAACAGUGGCAUAACCCAGGCCUCCUUCCUGCCCAGGACCCCUCCACGGGGCUGCCAAAGCCGGAGCGGGGUCCCCCAGGGUUGGAGAAACCCAUGAGCAUGCUGUCGGUCCUCAGGGCCUACAGCGCCGAUGGCUUAGCAGCCUUUAAUGGGCUUGCAAGCAGCACAGCAAAUUCUGGAUGUAUCAAGAGGCCAGACUUGUGUGGUCACAGGCCUUUCCAGUGUCACUACUGUCCCUACAGUGCCUCACAGAAGGGAAACCUGAAGACCCACGUCCUCUGCGUCCAUCGAAUGCCUUUUGACAACAGCCAGUAUCCCGAUCGCAGAUUCAAACGUUCCAGGGUCGACUCGGAGGCUUCUGGGAAUUUUGAGGAGGCUGCAACUGUCAAGGCGGGGAGCUUUGCCGAGCUAACAGAUGAGAGAGGCAAGGGCCAGGAGGAGGGCAACUGAGCAGAGCCCAUCCACUGUAAUACUCCUCUCUACAGUUUUAAAUCAUGCAUCUGGUUUCACCAGUUUGCUAACUGCAUUCCAAGAGGGCGAAUCAUGUACAACCCCUCACUAGUGUAUAGAACAUUUAAAAGAAUUUUAAAAGAUAUCUAUAUAUAUAUAUAUUAAAACAAAAAGUUCCCCAGCCCUUGAACAUGGCUGCUACACUGUUACCCAGUAACAAGAACUUCCAAGCAAUGUAGGUGGGAGAAAGUGAUUUUAGAAAUGUCCCUGUGUCCUUUGAGCUCUGAAAGCUGGAGGCCUUUCCAACCCAAAAGUCAUCUUUGUCCAAAAACAGAUAAACAAAACAAAAACGAAGAACAAAAACAAAACGCUACCGUCCAAGUGAUUUGCGUUGCCUCGAAGGGUCUGUGUUUUCCUUCAUGAAAACACCUCUAUAAUCUAACACCAGCUGCUGUCAUUCGCCUAGUGCCCUAAUGAGAUGAGUUGGGAGGCAGCUGAGGUGCCAGUCAGACUGGGGCGGUCACUGCAGGGAAAAUCAAUUCAUGUGGUGUCACUCUGCACUCUAGGAGAAAUCCUAGCUGGCCUGUAAGCAGCCAGUGAGCGCCAGGUCUGACCAGUGCUGCAGAGGAUGAUAAUCUAAAGUGUGCUUUAAAAAAAAAAAAUACACAGCCCGAUGAAUCAGUGGUCAGGAAGUGUCUGCAGACAAAUGUCCUUUGCAGGUUUGAUGAGUCAUUCUUUUUUUUUUUAAAGAUCAAAUUGCAGUAUGGAUAGAAAUGCCUUUUAUUUUAUUAUUUUCUUUCCUGGGUUAUCAUUUUGAAAAUGUCUGGAUGAAGGAAAAGGUUUGAUAUUAAAAACAAAUUGUAGGAAACAUUCUAGAAACAGUCAUUAGCAAACCAACUCAGUUCUACUCUCCAUAGAAAGUCCUGGUAAACAAUGGCAGUUUCUUUGCUGAUGGGGAAGACUGCUUUCUAUUACAGUUUAAGACACUUUAUUUGAAUGAAGUCUCCCCUGACCCUUGUUACCAGAUUCCUUUUUUCAUGUGUUACUUUUUAAGUGUUGUGGGCAUGAAGCAAGAUUUUUCUUCUCCAGUGAGCUCUUCCAAAAUAACUUGUAUUAAAACAUGAAUCUAAACCUCCGGCUGUCUGUCACUAAUGAAGAAAACAGUUUGACUUAGAAUGUUCAUUUUUGUGAAACAAAUGUGUUCUGUAUUUUUGUAGAUUAUAGAGUGUCUACUGAUUGAACACUCGAAAUUUAUCCAGUUCUGCACCACACUGAGGGAGAUUUUGAAGGUUGACAAGGAAACACAACUCUUAAAAGACAAAAACAGAAACCAAAACAAUUGUGUAAGGAAACUCAUAGGAGUAUUCUUGAAUCUGGUAGGAUGCUGUGAAAGUUCCCACCUUCUAACACACUUCCCUUGAGUGACAUGAAAUUGGUACUGUUGCUUGUGACGGUGGAGACGUAGUGAAGUAUUAACUUCGAGAACGAAAUCAUUUAGACUUGGAGAGAGAGGGAAAAAAGUCAAUAUUUCCUUGCAGUCUGGGAGCACACAAUAAAACCCCAGGGCCUUAAAAACUUCAACUCUGCCUAUAGCAGUUUACAAAAAUACUAAACUGCAAUCAAUGUAAAUAAAAUUCUUAGCACUAUCCUGAGACUGAAUUUCAGGCUAAUAAGGAAUCCGGUUUGCAUAUGCUGUCAAAAGGGUGUCAUCCAACUGGGGUUUCACUGGGAAUGAGGCCGCUGUGCAGCGUGGACCCAUCUGGCAUAAAGCAAGCUGCUUUCUUGCUGCUUUUCUUCUUCUUUUCUUUUCUUCCCUUUCUUCCUUCUUUUCUUUUCUCCUUUACUUUUUUCUCUAGAAUAGUCUCAUUGCCUUACUUAACUCAGUUGAUCGACUGUGGCUGUCUCCGUGGUCCAAGGGAGGCCUGGAGACGUUGGUGGAAAACUUCUGCUGUAGUGAGCAUUUAGGGGUUAAGUGCACUGCUGUGUUUGGUGACUGUGCCAUUGGCUUGCUUUCUGUGUGUUUGCCCCACCUGUGGUAUCUUAGCAAAGAGAAAUUUAAAAAAGAAAAAAAGAAAAGAAAAAAAUAAUAAAAAGGAAAAAAGUGGAAAAAAAGAGAGAGAGAGAGAGAUCCACAUUCCGUGUCUAGCACUUUGGCGCUGGUACAGUGUCUUUUGUGUCCUCCGAGCAUCUGCAGACGCUACAGGCAAUAAUUCUGUUUGUGACACUGGGAACAUACUCCCCUUCUUUGUGGCGUGUGUGUUGAUUCCAUUUUGUCCAGUCCUACCAGCCGUCCCCUUUUCCCUCUGACACAGGCUUUCUUUCCAGAACAUUUGUGACUUGUAAUACAAGCCCGUGACAGCUUCUGCGAUGCAAUGUCAGCAUCCAGUGUCACCAGGCUCUCAUAUCUACACACGUCGGUCCUUCCCCUGUGACUUCUGUAGUCUGUGAUGCCGUUCCUAACCCUGUCUACAUUCUAUCUUGGAGGAACUCUGAGAUCAUAGAGUAGAGGAGUUUGUCGCUAUGCUUGUAACAAGUAGAACACUUUGUAUUUAAAGUUUAUUCUUGGUCAUUAUUUAUUAUUAUAAUACAUCAGUUGACAGAACUUUAUUCUGGUAUAGAAAGUAUUAAAAGUUGUUUUUUUUCAGCAAUGACUGUUUUCUUUCUGCUGUUAGGAAUAAAAUGUCUUUGAAGCAGUCCA